GGUCCGGAGGUGGUCACUUCCGCCGGGGCGUACGCACUGAAUCCGGGUCAGCUGCAGCCGCCCGGACUGCAACUAAGAUCGUCCGGGAAAAGCUGGGCCCCGUCUCCACAGCCGACCAAGGGCAGCGGGCUCUGCCCGGCGCCGCUUUCUGCGACCUGGCCGUCAGCCCCACGUCGCCGGCCUGGAGGGGCAAAGAGGACGAGGGGGCCGCGGCUUCCUCCGGGGACCUUGGCUGCCUGGAUUGCCAGGAGCUGGAAGUUGACAUUGAGUCUAGGCUGAGGAUGGAAGGUGUGGAGCUGAAGGAAGAAUGGCAGGAUGAAGAUUUUCCAAUACCUUUACCAGAAGAUGACAGCAUUGAAGCAGAUACACUAGAUGGAACUGAUCCAGACAGACAGCCUGGCUCCUUAGAAGUUAAUGGGAACAAAGUAAGGAAGAAACUGAUGGCCCCAGACAUCAGCCUGACCCUGGAUCCUGGUGAAGACUCUCUGUGGUCCGAUGAUUUGGAUGAAGCUGGAGAGGUUGACCUGGAAGGCUUAGACACCCCAUCAGAGAACAGUGAUGAGUUUGAGUGGGAAGAUGAUCUUCCCAAACCCAAAACUACUGAAGUCAUUAGGAAAGGCUCGAUUACUGAGUACACAGCCACAGAAGAAAAGGGCGAUGGACGCCGCUGGCGCAUGUUCAGGAUUGGAGAGCAGGACCACAGGGUGGACAUGAAGGCGAUCGAGCCCUACAAAAAAGUUAUUAGCCAUGGAGGAUAUUAUGGGGACGGCUUAAAUGCCAUUGUUGUAUUUGCUGUCUGUUUCAUGCCUGAGAGUGGUCAGCCUAACUAUAGAUAUUUGAUGGACAAUCUCUUUAAAUAUGUUAUUGGCACUUUAGAGCUGUUGGUAGCAGAGAACUACAUGAUCAUUUACUUAAAUGGUGCGACAACUCGAAGAAAAAUGCCCAGUUUGGGAUGGCUCAGGAGAUGCUACCAGCAAAUUGAUAGACGAUUAAGGAAAAACCUUAAGUCUCUAAUCAUUGUGCACCCCUCUUGGUUUAUCCGAACACUUCUGGCUGUUACACGACCAUUUAUCAGUUCAAAGUUCAGUCAGAAGAUCAGAUACGUCUUUAACUUGGCCGAGCUGGCAGAGCUUGUUCCCAUGGAGUAUGUCGGCAUACCAGAGUGCAUCAAACAGUAUGAAGAAGAAAAGUUUAAAAAGAGACAAAAAAGAGUUGAUCAAGAGCUUAAUGGAAAACAAGAACCACCAAAAAGUGAGCAGUAAGUUCCGUGUCCAGCCCGGACAAGAGAGAGCACCGGGGAGGCGGGGCUGUAGUGCAUCCUAUUGCACUCAUGGCUCAUGUGUUUAUGUAAUCGGUUGCAAAUUUUACUUGACUUCUUUCCAAAUGGACUCUUGUACAAGGGACUGUUCACUGCUGUCAUGGUUUGCAACUCUUGAAUUUAGCUCUUUAAUGACUAAUUAUAUUGUAAUCAUUUUAUAUUGCUAAAUAGUAAAGAGCUACACUUUAUAAAAAGCAAUUUUUACAUUUGUUUAUUUGAAUGAUGCAUCUUCAGUAAAGUAUUUAUAUACAUAAAUGACAAAGGAAAGAAAUAAUAUAUAUUUUUUAUGUUGGGGGCAAUAAUUUUUAGUGUGUACCUAUCUCGUGGAUGAAUAUAUACACGUAAAUAAGACCACGAUUUUAAAUGUAAAGUGCAUGUAAGACUUUGUUUUUGUAAAUGGUUGGAUACAUUUCCUGGGUAACAGGCUGGGUUGUCCUAAAGCAGGGACAGGUAAAUGACGCCAAGAAGUACCUAAGGUCAUGCAUGUGGUCGAGACAGUAGUAGCAGCCUGAGCUUCUCCUCCCUGAAAGCACAUUGUUUCUUAAUGUGGUGGAAGGGCAGGUGAGUGAACAACUUGCUUUCCUCUCUAAAGAUGUGUUAGAACCAGAACUAGAGAUUUUGAAAAGCUAGUAGUUAGGGUUUAUAUAUUUGUAUAUAAGGGACAUUUUACUUUACCCAAAGUCAGGACUGUUUAAAAAAGAAAGAAAGAAAGCUCUUAAGAUGUGUUCAGUAAUGUGACAUGAGUUGUGCCAUGUGUGUGAAGCUGUGAGGGGUUGCAGAGGCUCCGAUGAGUAUUCAUGAUCAGCUGCGUCUGUAGAGCAGAUGGAAUGCCAUUGCAGUGCUCUCCCAGUGGGGCACUUUACCAGAGGACUUCCUCGUUUCCUCGUCGGCUGUUGGAGCACAGUGGGGUUUGGCCUACGCAGACGUUGCUGUUGGGUGGUGUACAGUGCUGUACUGGGUCGAUUCUGUAAGGAUUGAAGUGCUGCUGCCGUGCACUCAGGACAACAUUUGCUGUCUGUAAGCCUUCAUUUCAUGUGGUUACGUACCUUGACUGAACAUUGAAAUAAAUAUUAUUUGUGCCUCCAAGCAGGGUCUUAAUUACCUUCAAAAUCAUUCUAAAACAAUGAAUUUGUCCAGUCUUGUGUCAUGGACUUCUCUGGUGUAUACAUAUUUAGUGCAUAUCAGCUUCAUGACACCCAGCCCUUCAUAUGAGCGGUUUACAAAAGUGAUCUAGCAAAACAACAUUGAAGCAGGUGUGAGCUAAGCUUAGGUCAUUUUCUCCCACACGUAGCACAUGACCUUCACCACUGUCAGUGUUUAGGGUUAAGUUUCUAUUGCAAAAGAGAAUUUUUCUUUACUUCUUUGUCCUUCUCAGGCAUAUAUUUGACCUGCUAGGUUAAAACCAGUUAUGAUCAAGCUGGAAGACUUUCUGGGUAAAACAUUUCUCCACAACCUCUCAGCCUAGAUCCAGCACUAGUGUUAUUGUAGUACGCUGAGCCAAAACCAUUUUACUUGUGUAGGUGAAGGAAACCAAGAAUAACUAUAUAGCACCAGGUGUGGUGGUAUCUGUCUUUAAUUCCAAAAUUUAGGAGGAACAGGCUGACAGAGCUCUGUGAGUUUAAGGUCAGUGUGGCCUACAUAGCUGCAUAGAUACCCUUCUGAACUUACCCCAGUCAUGAGUAGCUUGUAGAAUGUCUUUUUGAGCCUCUCACCUGUUUCUGUCUCAGAAUGGACUGAGCUUGUCUUUGGUUUUCUUCCACAUUAAGUACUUAGAUCAUCAGUUUCAAAAUACAGACAAUAGCUUCAGCUUUUUACUGUGUUUUACUUUUUGCAGAAGUGGUUGGUUUGGGGUUUGGGUUUUUUGUUUGUUUUGGGUUGGGUUUGGUUUGUAAAUUUUUAAAAAGUAGAAGUAGCCUAUAUUCAGUUCAAACAUGGAGAACUGCCUCAGCAGUUGUAAGAACACUUCCAAGUUUAGUUCCCAGCACUGAGGGCAGGCAGCUCAUGGCCGCCUAUAAUUCAAGCUCCAGGGGACUGCUGCAGUCUCUGGCCUCUGGGCAUUUGCACAUACAUACAUGCAUGCAUGCAUGCAUACAUACCAUACACACACACAAAAUCUUUUUUAAAAAAUGAAUAAAAUUCACAAGGAACAGCCAAGCAUCAUGACCUAUACCAUGCACUAGGGAGUCUGAAACAGGAGAAUUCUAAGUUUGAGGCCCAUCUGGUCUACAUAGCAAGCCCUUGGCUGAAGAAGGGUUAACUGCUUUAACCUGCACUUGAAUGGAUGUGGUAUAGAGAUGGGCCCACAGUAAAUGUAAGUACAGUUGGUGAUAAAUAGUAGGGUAGAGGAAAGCCACAUUAAGUUGAUUUUUAAUUGGUGUAAUAUAACAUGUUUCCACAUUGUAUUUUAAUUUUCAUUACUAAUUGAGGUGAAAAUGCAGAAAUAAUUCUUUGAUGUUUUUGCAGGAGUUAUGGAUAAGCUUGCCAGGUUUAGUUCCAUGUUUUUGUUACCAUCUCUGUUAUACUUUGGCUCUGAUUGUCCCCUUUUUAUCAAGUUUUUCUUAGAAAAUAAUGUGACUCUGUUCUGCUUGUGUCCCUGAAAAAGCACCAAGGGAAGCUGUGCGGUCUUCACCUCACACUGAAGCCUUUCACGCCAGGAGGCAAGAGGUGCCAGGAAGUGUGGUGCUAAGCAGUUAGAAGAUAAGUAAGAAAAUGGGCCCUUUCAAAGAAAGUCUUGGUUAUCACAAACAUGCCCUAAAAGUGUCCUCUUAAGGGACAUACUCUGUAUGGCAGCCAGUGGUCCCAUUUCCUGUAUCCACAAGGAAACAGAUCACGUAUGGUGUGGCUUGACAAGGAAACUGCUGAUGGCCGUGGUAAUGAUAUUCUCCUGUCCUCUGCAUCUUCAGACAGGAGCAGGUCUGUACCGUAGCAGCGAGAGUGGCCAGGUGGAGACUGAUACCAACCCUUCACGGCUGGUAAACAGUGUUAGCUACUGUGCUAAGUGUCAUGCCUUAGUGCCACCAGCUCCUUGACAGUAUUCUUCCAGAGAACUUGUGUCAUGUUCCUGCAGCCAUGUAUGUGAAUGCUCAGGGAACUUGGAUGAUCUCAUGCAGACGUUCUAGGAAUUAGCACUAUGACACAUGGAGUAGAGCAAGCCAGUUUCUUGAUUGAAUUGGUAGCUCACAUGAAAGGUGACAGUAGCUUUGGCAUUCUUUGUCCUGUAUUUUAAGUAAAAAAUUUUUGCUAGAUGGCGGUGGUACACACCCUUUAUCCCCCAGCACUUUGGAGGCAGAAAUUGAUCAGUCAUAUCUCAGAGGACUGGAAUAAGAAAAAUCUAUAUACAGGCAAACAGUUGUGCUAAUGAGAGUUUGCUUUGUACUAGGGAAUGGGAAUUGUGUAGUGGGCAUUGCUAAGACCAUCAAGAACUGGGCCCAGUAUUCUAAGCUAGUACAAAUGACCUGUCAGAGGAGCCCUUUACUUUCUGCUCCCUUUCUGAGAUCCUAAAUGAAUUUGGAAUCAGGUCAGCAGAAGACCAGUAGGAGCUUUUAAGUUCUAAAUGGUAACUGAAACAAAACAGGAUGUGGAACUGUUAGAAGUAACUAUAAUUUGAAUACGGCAGUUUGUUGCUAUUAUAUAUAAUAUGUAAUGGUGUGGAACCAAAUGUAAAAUGCUUUGAGAAAUUCACAUACAGCAUUUGAAAUCAAGCACCAGAUGAAAACCAGUUGUUUUGGGACUUACUAUGGUGAUAUGUACAUGUAAUUCCCGCACUGGAGGCUAAGGCAGGAGGAUUGGGAGUUUGGGGCCAGUCUGGAUUACUUAGCAAGUUCCAGGACAACCUAGGUGGGUGUACAGAGUGAGACCUGCCCUGGGUUUGGGAGUGGGGGUAUGAAAAUUAGUUUUAAAAAAAUGAUAGAAGCUAUUUCAGAUAGUUGUCUUAAGAUUUCCUACAACAAUUGAAACUUGGAAUUUGAAAUUGUGUAUUUGCAUAUCUAGUUUGACAAGAGAACUUGGUAGCUGUCAGUUACUCCAUGGUACCUUUGUAUAUAGACUUCCAAAGGUUAAUGUCCUAACAGCUACUUCAUUGUUUACUCAUGAGAACCCAGCUAGUAAAUAUUGAUGUUCAGGGCUGCUGGCUUGCACAGUCCUUGGGGUUCUGUUCACAUAGAACACAAUUUGGAGUUCAUCAAACACUGUUGCACUUUGAUUCAUACUUCCAAAUGAUUUUCAUUGGACGCUCACAUUCUGUCAUUUAGACGGAAUGCGCUUAUUGUGCCCUUUCCACUGUUCUUAGAUAAUAUUGUCAUUUCAGUGAGAAUUGAGACUGAUUCUCUCUGCAGGAUACACCUCUGGUUUUUGUCACUGAGAAGCCAUUGAUCUGCAAAGUAUAUCCUUUUCUCUUCCUUUGACUGGUUCCAAAUACAGUGGUGUGUCUUCAUCUGUUACACAUGCUACUGCAGCAUUAAUGCAUUUGAAUAAAUUAGUUGGAAUAUA